AAUAGAUAAUAAUUCAGUUUAUAUAAAAAAUUGAGUGUUGUAGUUGGGCCUGUUCAGUAUUUGGGCCAAUCGGGUAACAGUAUAAAUGCAUUUAUUACCAGAUCACUGUAGCUAAUAAAGAAAAGCAAGAAAACAAAAUCCCAAAAUGAGUAAGCGGAGGAAGUUAGAGAGUGGCGGCUACGCUCCUGGAGGUGGUGCCGGCGACGACCAAGACGUCGCUGGUCAGGGAGAGAAUGCCUGGGUCAACUGCUUAAACGGAGCGUUUCAGAUACUGAUGGCGGGGUUGGGGUCCAUCAACGACGGCGUGACAGAGAUCCAAGCCCGAGGUGAUCCGAGUCAUCAGGUUACAGUGAAUGGGAUGCGGGUUACGGUUAAUAAUUCAAAGCAGAGGGCGGGCCAGAUUGGAGGAACAAUUGUCGUAAUCAAUGGAGUCUUGGGGGUCCCGCAGAAUUUCAAUCGCAUCCCAUUGAUUUCAACCUUGGUGCGAUUCACUGAUGGCCUUGUUCAUGCCAUCAACGCAGCUGGGUGCGGCAUCAGCGUGGCUCUAAGGGGCAUCGUUUUGGCCCAAGGGGAUGACCAUGGCCUCCGCCGAGCUGUGUCCCGGAUUCAUUCCGGGUUAGGUACUCUCAAUGCGGCUAUUGGUGUGUUUCAAGCGGCCCAUCGCGCUAUUGAUCAGCCCAAUCUCUUUGGCGCUCACAAUGUCGCAGUGCCUGCCGCAGCUAACGCGGGAGGCAACCAGGUCUUGAAUCCAGGGUUAAACAAUGGCAUAGGAGAUGCUGCUCAGGGAGGUGGUGAUGGUGGUGGCGGUCAGGGAGGAAUUGUCCAAAAUGCGACCCUCCAUCUCAGAAGCUUAGAGGCGGCGGUGCGAAUGCUGUGGAGGGCGUUCUGGUCCAUCCGCUGUGUCAAUCAUAUUCGAGAUGUGGUCCAUCAUCAACAGAAUCCGUCCGGCCCUGUCAAAGUUGCUGUGGCGAUGCUCGAGUUCCACAUGAAUCAGAUUUUUGAGCAGAUUGUCCAGAUGCGAGAUGCGCUGAACGGUAUCAACGAUAUAAAUAUGCACGCCCUACAACUGGGUCACGAACUGGCCGAGAUCCUCCACCCAUUUCCCGACCAGAUGCAUUGGAUUUCUGACGCAGCUGAAAACAUUCACAGAUCUGGAGAUAGGAUCCAUAGUGGUCUACUUGUCUGCAUUGAGAACCAAAUCUUUGGCCCAGCGCAGACACGAAUUCAAUUUGGGUUGGCUCAACUGCACUUGGCAUUGGCUAAUGUUCUAUUGGCCACUCAGUUUUACGCUGAUCUGCCCCCAGCUGCUGUGAUCUUUCCAGAGUAAUGUGCUCUCUCUCUCUCACUCUUUUAUCGAGAAUAACUAUUUUUUAAUCUUUCAGUCACAGGAUAGAAAGUCCAUCAAAGAAUUGACACAAAACUAAGAGAGAAACGCUUAUACUGAAAAAAAGAUCUAGGAAGUCCAAUAUGCACCACACAACUAGAAAUAUCCAAAUUUAUAGGAUGACAUUCUAACCUGUCAAACUCAGACAUCAAUGUGCGAGUCUCCAGUCCAGCCUUUC